AUGGAAACGCAAGAUGGAAUGCAUCAUGAAGUGUUCCCGGGGAGUUCAUCUUGCAAAUGCUAUUUCUUCGACAAUUUAGGGAAAUUGAGCCCUACUGAGAUAUCUGGAGAUGGAUUUGAUGGGAGAUUUAAGGACGUUAGCUGGAAUCUAGACACAUUUGGGGAUUUUGUAGUUAUGAGGAGUAAUGGACAACCUGUAUAUAAUUUUUGUGUCACGGUUGACGCUGCUACCAUGGCUAUUACACAUGUUAUAAGGGCAGAAGAGCACUUACCUAAUACACUAAGGCAAGCAUUGAUAUAUAAGGCUUUGGGGUUCCCGAUGCCUUCUUUUGCACACGUUUCAUUGAUUCUUGCCCCUGAUCGGAGCAAAUUGUCCAAAAGACAUGGUGCAACUUCAGUAGGGCAGUAUAGGGAAAUGGGGUAUUUGCCUCAAGUGAUUGUGAAUUACCUAGCAUUGUUAGGCUGGAGUGAUGGGACUAAUGAUGAAUUUUUUACUGGAUCCGAUGGGUUAGUACAAUUGUACAUAUAUGGAGCCAUAUUUGAUGCAGUAAAAUUGAGAAGGGAGCAAUGGAGGAGUGCUGGCAUACUCAAUGAAUCAGAAGGGGUUUUCAUACAAGAUGCCUUUAAGCUCUUGGAGGGCGGAAUGGACUUGAUAACAGAUGCCGACAAGUUACUUUUAGACUUGCUAUCUUAUCCUUUACAUGCUACUCUAUCAAGGUUGUGUUUGGGUUCAUAUGUAUGACAUGAUUUUCGGGCUGGGUUAGGCAAUAUUAGUGACCUGUGUGUACAUAGCAGAGAAGACCCUGAGAUUGAAAAGUUGAACUUAGUUAUCAAGGAGCUCGUUAAGGAAAAAGAAAGGUUCAAUGGAAUUAUUGCGGGGUUGUUGGCGAAAAAAAGAAAAAGAUAAGGUGGAUAAAGAUGUUAUGCUUGAUAGGAUGUCACAAAUUGAAGCUAUGUUAAUAACUACAGUUUGAAGAUAGGCUAUAAACACUUGGUUUUAAAUGUUUAGAUGUUUAUCUUAUUUGGAUAAUUUUAAUUAUUUUAUGUUUUA